AUGGGAGUGUGCGGAGAUGAGGCUAUCGUAUGGUGUUUUAAAUACAUUUUGGUCGUUGCUUGCUGCAUCACAAAUUUGGUGAAUGAGAAUGAUGAUGAUGAUGAUGAUGAUAACGAUAAGGAGAAUGAGAAUUAUGAUGAUGAUGAUAAUGCUGGUAAUGAUAAGGAGGAUGAGAAUGAUGAUGAUGAUGAUGAUAAUGCUGGUAAUGAUAAGGUGAAUGAGAAUGAUGAUGAUGAUGAUGAUAAUGCUGGUAAUGAUAAGGUGAAUGAGAAUGAUGAUGAUGAUGAUAAUGCUGGUAAUGAUAAGGAGAAUGAGAAUUAUGAUGAUGAUGAUGAUAAUGCUGGUAAUAAUAAGGAGAAUGAGAAUGAUGAUGAUGAUGAUGAUAAUGCUGGUACUGAUAAGGAGAAUGAGAAUGAUGAUGAUGAUGAUAAUGCUGGUAAUGAUAAGGAGAAUGAGAAUGAUGAUGAUAAUGCUGGUAAUGAUAAGGUGAAUGAGAAUGAUGAUGAUGAUGAUGAUAAUGCUGGUAAUGAUAAGGAGAAUGAGAAUGAUGAUGAUGAUGAUAAUGCUGGUAAUGAUAAGGAGAAUGAGAAUGAUGAUGAUGAUGAUAAUGCUGGUAAUGAUAAGGCGAAUGAGAAUGAUGAUGAUAAUGAUGAUAAUGCUGGUACUGAUAAGGAGAAUGAGAAUGAUGAUGAUAAUGAUGAUAAUGCUGGUAAUGAUAAGGAGAAUGAGAAUGAGAAUUAUGAUGAUAAUGCUGGUAAUGAUAAGGAGGAUGAGAAUUAUGAUGAUGAUGAUGAUAAUGCUGGUAAUGAUAAGGAGAAUGAGAAUGAUGAUGAUGAUGACGAUGAGCUAUGA